CUGUUUAAAUGCGAGGGCAACAACAUUGGGCAUCAUCCUGGUGCAGGUGAUGCUUUAGGAUUCAUGAGCUGGGAGAGCCCACAGAGACAAGUUCAUCCCUGGUGCAAUUCCAGAACUGUCAUGGUUUUCUUCACCAGUGGAGCGUGAGAAAUAGAGGCUGAAGAAGAUGAGUGAGCUGGAGCAGUUACGGCAGGAGGCAGAGCAGCUGCGAAACCAAAUCAGAGAUGCCAGGAAAGCCUGUAGUGACACAACUCUUGCCCAGAUCACAACAAGUCUGGACUCCGUGGGUCGGAUCCAAAUGCGAACCCGGCGCACGCUCAGAGGUCACUUAGCCAAAAUCUAUGCCAUGCACUGGGGAUCCGACUCCAGGCUACUAGUCAGUGCUUCUCAAGAUGGAAAAUUAAUUAUUUGGGAUAGUUAUACAACAAAUAAGAUGCAUGCCAUCCCCCUGAGGUCCUCCUGGGUGAUGACCUGUGCCUACGCUCCCUCUGGUAACUACGUGGCCUGUGGGGGCUUGGACAACAUCUGCUCCAUCUACAACCUGAAAACCAGGGAGGGCAACGUGCGCGUGAGCCGGGAGCUGCCGGGGCACACAGGAUACUUGUCCUGUUGUCGCUUCCUAGAUGACAACCAAAUUGUCACUAGCUCAGGAGACACCACUUGUGCUUUGUGGGAUAUUGAAACUGGCCAGCAGACCACCACGUUCACUGGGCACACUGGAGAUGUGAUGAGCCUCUCUCUGAGUCCAGACAUGAGGACUUUUGUCUCGGGCGCCUGCGAUGCCUCCUCCAAGCUUUGGGAUAUCCGCGAUGGAAUGUGCCGGCAGUCCUUCACAGGGCACGUGUCAGACAUUAAUGCAGUUUGUUUCUUCCCCAACGGGCACGCGUUCGCCACGGGCUCGGACGACGCCACGUGCCGGCUGUUCGACCUGCGCGCGGACCAGGAGCUGAUGAUGUAUUCCCACGACAACAUCAUCUGCGGCAUCACCUCCGUCGCCUUCUCCAAGAGCGGCCGCCUGCUGCUCGCGGGCUACGACGACUUCAACUGCAACGUGUGGGACACCCUCAAAGGGGAGAGGGCAGGUGUCCUGGCUGGCCAUGACAACCGUGUCAGCUGUUUAGGUGUUACUGAUGACGGCAUGGCUGUAGCUACAGGGUCUUGGGACAGUUUUCUCAGAAUCUGGAAUUAACUGGGAGCCAAACAUGUACAUUCUCCAUUUGAGAUCUGGAGAGAUCAAUGCUGCAGCCUAUAGCUGUGAAAUAACAUUUCUACCUUGUAUUUGCAGGUGAAGUUUUUCUAUUCACUGAUUAUUACACAAAAAGGCUUUCUGUAAACUAGAAAAAAAAAUCAAGUGAAGAAAUAGGGGAGGGGGGAAGAAAUCACUGACUUUUUAAAAGGGGCCAGCACACAUAAUCAUGGUGACCGACAAACUAAGAGCCAGUCUUUUUGUUUUUGGUGGUUUGGUUAGAUUGUCCUUGAAGGGUUUUUGCUUGUGCUCAGUCUGCUAAUCCUGUACUUUUUUUUGUACAUAACAGAAUAUACACAUUAUAGCAGCCAAUCAUGUAACAUUUGUCUGUAUGUAAAAAAUAUGUUCGCAUUUUUUAAGGAACUACAUUUAUAGCUUUGCUUUUAACCCGAGAUGUCACUUCUGAGUUUUGUAGUGGGUGAACUAGAUUGCUGUUUUAAAUGUUUUUGUGAAUUUACUGUAGAUAAAGUGAAGCCAAUGGUAUGUAUGUGUUUUUUAUAAUGGAAGGCAUUUGAAUUUUUUUUAAAGGCCCUGGAGACUCCCAGUUAAUACCUACCGCCUUAUUCACUCACUUCUUGACCUGCUUGCCUAUUUUUGAUCAAGGGGGUUCUUCCUUCAAGCCAGUGGUUCCUGGUUCAUCCAUUGGCAGUCAUGACCUCCAAACACCAAGGAGUUAAUGCCAGGUAGACUUGCACCAACAGCAGAAAUAAUUGGAAUAUAAAAUAAAUCCAGAUGUUUUAGCUUCCUCCCUGCAGGUUUUUGCAUCAGUUGUUCCAUGAAGUCUGUGGGUACAGAAACCAAGUGGCUGAGUGCUGUGGCCAACUCAGCCCUGGCCAGAUGUGUGGGUUUGGCUCCCCCCAAGCUCCAGCUGAUCUGCACUCACAGUGACUUGGCUGCUGCUUGGAGCCCAGAGCAGCGUGCAGAGCUUGCUCCUUCCACACCAGCUGAGAAAUUCAGGAGGACUUUGCUUAAAUUCCUAAAGAGGAUUUAACUGUGCAGUUAAUUGCUUGUAAAUUCCCCUCCAAAUUCAGGGGUUGCCAAAGCACACCACAGCCAGAAGUGCUUGUUGUCAGUUCUGUGCAGUGUGAAUUACCAAAGGAAUUGUGUAACUUAACUGCACCUGUAUGACCCCCGAAAACCUCCCAGGAUAACCUUGAGGAUAUUGCUUGUUCUGUGUGCUGAGGACUGUGCCAUGGAGGUUUAGAGAUGCCAGAUGUUCUGCAGCCUCCAACACUGUAAAUAGCCAUUGCUGCUCCUUCCCUGAUGUGAUUCUGAUUUUGAUGUCAGUUGUUCAGAAAUCUCACCA